AUGACUGUAGAAAUUCCCGUUAUCCCAACUCCCCCAACUCUCGAACGAGUCGAUUAUCCCAGGGUUCCGCAUUGGAUGAAGAAAGAAUGGGACACCUAUCUGGAGCGCGAAAAGCUGGCCAACAGAAACCCCCCUUGGAACGCGUUUCUCACAGACAAACAUGGAGAAACCCUAUCAAAACAAAGGUACAACGAAUUGUGGGCCGAUGCGAAGAUCGCUUUCAAUUCUCUUUAUUGGCGCCGGAACGAUCCAACAUCGUGGAGCAAGAAGACCGAUCUCGCUGCUUCUUACUUUUACAACACCAUCACAACCAAAUACCCCGAGUUUCGGCUUUGCGAGGGGAACUGGAAGAUUCACCUUUGGACAACGGAGCGCUACCCAGACUGGGUCAAGAAUGUGAGGAAAGCGGGCGGUCUACAGCGCGCUGUUCCAUCCAUCGUCACAAUCGGUCAAAAGCGGCCACUCCCUACUCAACAAAACGAUACGAAGCGAUCGAAGAAACCCCGGCCAAUCAAGAAAGAAGAUAUUAAACACGAAAUCCCUCGCGUUCAGCUGCCAGUGACUGCCGAAGAACCCAUCGUUAUCGAGGACUCUGACGAAGAGGACAGCAUCUACGUCCCCAAAGCCAGGACUGCCAACGUAGUGGUGAUGUCAGACACCAGCGGACCCAAGACAUCGGUUGUUGAUCUUUUCCCCGGGGCGGUAGAGUCCACCACCACUGCACCGUCCUCUCCCCGAUCCCUACAACCUCCAGCCAUCGUCACGGCUUCCGAUGUGACUGCCGUCCCCCACCCACCCACGCUUCAAUCAACAAUGUCAACGGACAUUCGAACAUGUCCAUCUAUCGUCACACCAGCCGUGUCCACCGCACAAGCUCUAGAACGUCCACGUACAUCCCCCCCAGUAUCAUUGGUUCAACAACCUGUAUCUUCAGAACCAGAGCCAGGCACCACACAACCGGCGGUGCGUCCGAUACGCCAGAAAAAGAUGAACCCGCUCUCCAAUCUGGUGGUGCCGAAGGCUGUUAUUGAAGCUCCCGAGACCACCGCCCUACCCUCUCUACCUCAAACCGGCCAUGUGUCGCCAAUCGCUAAAAAAGGGAGGCCCCUUGUUCCUUCAGAUACCCUUGUGACAGCGCGUAACCUGUAUAUGCAAGAUUAUGUGAAAGAGUACCCCGACGCGACCCUCGACGAAUUCCGCGUCGCCUUUGCAAAACUUGAUUCGAAAAGACGUCAGGAAAUUUAG